AUGGCCUGGGUGGGAAACCAGACUCUCAUCUCCCACUUCAUCCUCCUGGGCCUCUUCACCCGCUCACCGCUGCACCUCCUCCUCUUCUGCACCAUUGUGCUCAUGUUUCUGGUGGCGCUCUCUGGCAAUGGGCUCAUGCUCCUCCUCAUCAACACUGACCCCCGCCUGCACAGCCCCAUGUACUUCUUCCUCAGCUGGCUGUCACUCAUGGACCUCAUGCUGGUCUGCACCAUUGUGCCACGCAUGGCCACAGACUUCCUCCUGGGCCAUGGCUCCAUCUCCUUCACAGGUUGUGGGCUCCAGAUCUUCUUCUUCCUCACCCUGCUGGGGGACGAGUGCUUCCUGCUGGCCUUCAUGGCCUAUGACCGCUAUGUGGCCAUCAGCAACCCACUGAGGUACUCAGUGGUCAUGGACCGCUAUGUCUGCUGGCUCAUGGUGGCAGGGUCCUGGCUCUUUGGUCUGGUGGAUGGGCUGAUCCAGGCUGUCUUCACCCUGCGCUUCCCCUACUGUGGCUCCCAGGAGAUCGACCACUUCUUCUGCGAGGUCCCUGCCAUACUCAAGCUGGCCUGUGCUGACACUUCCCUCUAUGAGACCAUGAUCUACGUCUGCUGUGUCCUCAUGCUGCUCCUGCCCUUCUCUGUCAUCUCUGCCUCCUACCUACGGAUUCUGGUGGUUGUGCUCCGUAUGAGCUCAGCUGAAGGUCGACGGAAGGCCCUUGCUACCUGCUCCUCGCACAUGGCAGUGGUCUCCCUCUUCUAUGGUGCUGCCAUGAUCACCUACAUGCGGCCCCAGGCCUACCACUCCUCCAAGCAAGACAAGGUGGUCUCCGCCUUCUACACCACGAUCACCCCUAUGCUCAACCCUCUCAUCUACAGCCUGAGGAACAAGGAAGUGGCUGGGGCUCUCAAGAAACUCCUGGGAAGGUGUCCAUGUGCCCAGUGUCAGGGGUAG